AUGCUCCCCCACCUCCUCCAAGCCCUCCACACAUCCCUCACACCCCCCUGGCAACAAACCUUCCAAAUCGUGCGCGUCUUCCUCCACUGGUACACCGUCAUCCUCAUGAGCGGCUUCUUCAUACUUCUUAUCACCAGCAUCACAGCAUUAAUCCUCUUUGGUAUCUACAAGAUCCUUACAAGCUUGGUGGAUGCUAUUAAUACAUCAUUCCAUUCUAAACGACCCCGUGAAACCACACUGGGUGAUAGAAUUCAAGAGACCAUGGUUAGGGAGCAGGUACAACGAGAAGUUGAGGAUGAGAGAAAUAGAUAUUUGCGAUUACCUGGAGCACCUGCUGCGGCGGGGGGGAGGACGUUGAGUCCACCGGUUUAUUCGGGGUAUUCUCCUACUACGAGUAAUCCUGGGAUUCCCUUUAGAGUCGCGAGGAGGGUGGGAUGA